CGUACUGAAGUCAGUCGAACCGCCGAGUCCUGCUGCCAUUAAAAUGAAGACAUUUACGUUAGAUACUUUGAUAUAUAUAUUUAUAAAUUAAAAUUUGCAGUCCGCAGUUGAUUAAGGGAGACGUGUGUAAUCCCGUUAGCGGUGCCUGAUCAAACUGGAGUUUCGACUAAAGCUAAAUCUAUUCUGCCGGAAUGAACGUCGGGCGCUAAGUAACGUUUUACUGACUUUCACUUCCCCGGACGAGGUUUUUGAAACGUGUCCAUGCACUGUGGGCCCGAUUUGACAGCGGUUUGGGAACAGUCACGACAGCUAACCAGCUGCUAACUAGCCUGAGUUAGCAGGAUGGGAGCCGAGCAGAGUGGAGACGCAGAACACAAACACUCAGAUUACAGUUUAGCAGUGGUGCCGUCCCCCGCAAAGCAGAAGGCAAAGAUGGAUGAUAUUGUCGUUGUGGCCCUGGGGACGCAGUCCAUGCGGAACAUCCACAACGACCCAGAUGUCAUCAAGCUUCAGGAGAUACCCACAUUUCAGCCACUUUUGAAAGGAGUACUUAGUGGUCAAAUGUCACCCAGCAUGGUGUGUUUGGAACGGCUGGACGCUGCUCAGGUUCUGCAGCUAUGCGUCCGAUACCAGGAUCACCUACACCAGUGUGCCGAGGCAGUGGCCUUUGACCAAAACGCUUUGGUGAAAAGGAUAAAAGAGAUGGACGUAUCAGUGGAAACCUUGUUCAGCAUAAUGCAGGAGCGCCAGAAGCGCUACGCUAAAUACGCCGAACAGAUCCAAAAGGUCAAUGAGAUGUCAAUGAUCCUGAGGCGCAUCCAGAUGGGCAUCGACCAGACGGUGCCACUGAUGGAACGCCUUAACAACCUCCUGCCUGAGAGUGAGCGCCUGGAGCCCUUCAGCAUGCGGCCCGACGGCGAGCCCGCCAACAAGUAGCCACUUUUAACAGACCGCAGACGCUUACAAGCCAAGUCCUCGUGUGCAUGUAGUUCUCUGUAGAAGGGGACGUCGUAGUCUCUCCAGCUGCAGAGAUGCAGGACAUUUAAGAAAUUUGUUUUAUUUAUUGAUGGGGAAUAUUUGCAGUUCUGCUGUUCAGGCAGAUACUGCCAAAUAUAAUUGAGUGGAGUACUUCUGAUGAGAAUGUAGACUUUAAGGCCGUCCAGUUUUAACACAACACUGGACCUAAAGUAGUAGAGAAGCUCACAUCUCUUCAAGACGGUUAACAUGCUGUCAAAGCAGUUUCUCCACUAUGUGUUUGAUUGACUUUAAAUGAUCUCCAGAGACUUCAGAAUGCAGUCCUGCAGACUCUCUGCCAAUUUUAAACUCACAUUAGUCUGAAUUGUAUGAAAGCAGCUCAUCAUUGUUCCUCCGUAUCUGCUGUCAU